UCGGGACGUUUGUCAUCCACAUUCCACUAGGGUUUAGCGGCGAACGCGAGUUUUUGUUACUGCCGCGACCUCUCUACUGCCCACCCGUUCGACGAAUUGCCUGAAAACAAUGGGGCGCAAGGCGAAGAAAUUCAUCGACAAGAAGAAGUCGGCGACCUUCCAGUUGUUGUCCCGCGACUCCGCCGACCCCGGCUUCGACGACGCUCCCGGCGGCGACCGCAUCUUCGUCCGCGUCGACAACAACCCUUACUCGGCCGGUACCUUGGAGGACGCCGACAACGACGGCGAUGGCGGUGACGAUCCGAUGUCGAUGUACGCGGACGCGCCCGGCGACUGCGACGGCGGCGGCAGCGAUGACGGCGCGACGGGAGGUGUGGUGGGGACUCGGGGUGUUGGAGGUGGAGGUGGAGAUGUUGCGUCGGCGUCGCGGCUGCCGGAGCAUGUCAGGAGGGAGAUUCUGGAGCUUGGGUUCCCUGACGAUGGUUAUAAUUACUUGUCGCAUUUGAGGGAGAUUAGGAAUGCGGGCGGUGGUUCCGCUUUUUAUCAGAAUUCUAAGGCGAGGCUUGAUCUGGUUCCGAAAGAUGUCAAGGCUUAUGAUGCUUCACGGGUACAAGUUCCUAAAGCAGAAGGUGAUCCUAAUGAUAAAUCGAUUUAUAGUGUUGCAGCCAAUAGUGUUAAUGUGAGAGUACAGAAAGCCAUGGAUCCUGAAGUUGCUGCAUUACUUGAUGAUAGUGACCUCUCACGGUUUGGGUCUGAUGUCGAGGACUUGGAAGAAGAUUUUGUUGUUCAGGCAAACCAUCCUGAAGGCGAGGACAGUAUUGCGGACGAAAAUUCGCAAUAUUCCGGGAUGCCUGAAGUGAUGGGGAGAGUCGUUAAUGGAUCAGGUACUUCUGCUGGUCAAGAGAGACAAAUUGACAAUGGCUUUCCUCAUGAAAUAAGAAGUCGGUUUGUGGAACGAAAUGGCGACUUUGACGACGAGAAGCCACGAGAACAUCGUGAGCUGGAUGAGCUAUUUGAUCUUCUUGAACGUCAAGAGUACGGAUCUGAGGAAGACGAGGAUGAUGGUUAUGGUGGUUGUAUGGCCGAAGAAGAUGAAUCUCUUGCUCUGAAACUCAAACAGGCCUUUGAUGACAAAGUUAUGGAUGAUCUGGAAAUUGAUGACAAGUAUAGAGUUCCAGCUGAUUUAUUAAAGGAUAAUGAAGUGAAAAGCAAACAGCUACAGGAUUCUGCUGCUGAUUUGAUCCGUCGUUGUGUGGAAUAUGCAGACAAGUAUGAAAAUGAGAAUGAUGACAAAGAAGUAGUUAUUGUGGAAGAAAGUAGUGAUGAAUCUGAGGUGUGGGACUGUGAAACUAUUGUCUCUACAUAUUCGAAUCUUGAUAAUCACCCAGGCAAAAUUGAAGCACCUGAGGUAGCCAGAAAGAAGAAAUUGGCCAGUACAAUUUCUGUUGCUUUAGGUGCGGCCAAUCCGUUAAUACCCCUCAGAGGAAAAGAAAAACUCCCUGUUGACUAUAUGCCUCGGAGCAUGAAAUCAUCGGUGGAAAAGGUCAAGGGUGGCAGUGUCUCGAGGAAUGAGCAGCCCAUGAGGAAACAGCCUGGUCAAGAGUCAAAGGAAGAGAAGAAAGAGCGCAAGGCUGCCGUGAAGGAGGAAAGACGGGAAGCACGUCGCGUGAAGAAGGAAAUGAAGGGAAUUUACAGGUGUGAAGCGCAGCGGGCGCAAAAAGCGGCUGCCAUCACCGGCCCGUCUUCCAUCCCUCUCAUGUAGUUUAAGUUGAAGUGUUUCACCUACCGGACGGGAUUGAGUCCAACGGGAUGAAGAGUCGAAGCUUGCAUACCCUCUUGUCUCCAAUUGGAUAGUGUGGCAACUGGACAUGAAAGCUGUAACGCUAGGAUUUUUAAGUUUUACUUAUUCACACAUGUGAACGCUGUCGUGUGGGGUGUGUGCAUCCUGAACGUGGAUGAGAUUUGAUGACACUAAGGAAAAUUA